CUGCAGCUGCUGCUUCUUCUGCGGCGUUGCUGCUUCUGCCUCUGCUGCUGCUGCCUCUGCUAAUCUCGCUUCCUGUCAAGGCUUCCUUCCCACUGAGAUCAGAGGCGCUGCCCUGCCUUCUUCUUCCUCCCCCUCUUCCUCCUCCUCCUCCUCCUCCUUCCCCCCCUCAUCUUACUACUCCUGAUGUCCAUAAUGAUUGGAUGAAGGGAGGGAGGGAGGCUCUUUCCAUUCCAAACCUCCGUCUUCUUCCCCUCCUCUCCCUUCCUAUCCUUAUUAUUUAUUUAUUUGGGAGGGCCCUCUCUCCUUCCUGCUUCCUCCUCCUCCUUCUUUCCCUGGGCUCGCCCCUGCUGUGGUUUUCGAUGAGGAGUGUGUGACAAGGCGGGAGCAGGAGCCACGGCAAGAGGCGGGUGGAGAGGAGGAGGAGGAGGAAGAGGAAGAAGAACAGGGUGCGCCGCCGCCGCCGGAGAGACCAUGAGGAAAUUCAACAUCAGGAAGGUCCUGGACGGACUGACAGCCGGCUCGUCGUCGUCCUCUUCGGCUUCCUCCUCCUCGCAGCAGCCACAGCCUGCGACCCGGGAAAACGACAUCCCAGAGACCCUCCAGUCGGAGCACUUCCAGCUCUGCAAGACUGUACGUCAUGGUUUUCCUUAUCAGCCUUCGGCCUUGGCUUUUGAUCCUGUUCAGAAGAUACUUGCGAUUGGGACUCAGACUGGAGCAUUAAGGCUUUUUGGUCGGCCAGGAGUCGAAUGCUACUGCCAACAUGAUAGUGGUGCUGCAGUAAUCCAGCUUCAGUUUCUGAUCAAUGAGGGAGCCCUUGUGAGUGCCUUGGCUGAUGAUACCUUACACUUAUGGAACUUGCGACAGAAGAGGCCUGCUAUACUACAUUCUCUAAAAUUUAACAGAGAAAGGAUAACAUUUUGCCAUCUGCCUUUCCAGAGUAAAUGGCUGUACGUGGGCACUGAAAGAGGAAAUAUACACAUUGUCAAUGUGGAGUCCUUCUCUCUCUCAGGCUAUGUCAUCAUGUGGAAUAAAGCCAUUGAACUGUCAUCCAAGUCUCAUCCCGGGCCUGUUGUCCACAUUAGUGACAAUCCAAUGGAUGAAGGCAAGCUCCUGAUGGGUUUUGAAUCGGGAACAGUGGUAUUGUGGGACCUCAAAUCCAAGAAAGCAGAGUACAGAUACACACAUGAUGAGGCAAUUCAUUCUGUAGCUUGGCAUCAUGAAGGAAAGCAAUUUAUUUGUAGCCAUUCAGAUGGCACCUUGACUAUAUGGAAUGUAAGGAAUCCUACCAAGCCAUUACAGACAAUCACUCCACAUGGAAAGCAGGUAAAAGAUGGAAAGAAGCCAGAGCCCUGUAAACCUAUUCUUAAAGUGGAAUACAAAACUACCAGAGCUGGGGAACCUUUUAUCAUCUUAUCAGGUGGCUUAUCGUAUGAUACUGUAGGAAGAAGACCCUGUCUAACAGUUAUGCAUGGAAAGAGCACCGCUGUUCUAGAAAUGGAUUAUUCAAUAGUAGAUUUUCUAACCCUUUGUGAAACUCCAUACCCUAACGAUUUCCAAGAGCCAUAUGCUGUGGUUGUUCUUUUAGAAAAAGAUUUAGUACUUAUUGAUCUUGCACAAAAUGGGUAUCCUAUAUUUGAGAAUCCCUAUCCUUUGAGUAUACAUGAAUCUCCAGUCACCUGCUGUGAAUAUUUUGCUGAUUGUCCUGUGGACCUUAUUCCAGUACUUUAUUCAGUUGGGGCUCGACAGAAGCGUCAAGGUUAUAGCAAAAAGGAGUGGCCGAUCAAUGGUGGAAAUUGGGGUUUGGUCACACAAAGUUAUCCAGAGAUCAUUAUUACUGGGCAUGCAGAUGGAUCAAUCAAGUUCUGGGAUGCCUCUGCAAUAACAUUGCAAGUGCUAUAUAAACUAAAAACUGCUAAAGUAUUUGAAAAGUCUCGAAAUAAAGAUGACAAGCCAAGCACAGAUAUCGUAGAUGAAGACCCAUAUGCCAUUCAGAUCAUCUCAUGGUGUGCAGAAAGCAGGAUGCUGUGUAUUGCGGGUGUUUCUGCACAUGUGAUUGUUUACAGAUUCAGCAAGCAAGAAAUAAACACGGAAGUUAUUCCAAUGCUUGAAGUACGACUAUUGUAUGAAAUAAAUUAUAUAGAGUCUCCAGAUCCUGAGCAAUUGCCCCCACUGCCUACUCCAGGAACAGGUUCCAAUCCUCAGUCUAUUGCUCCCCAGUCUCACCCAUCCACUAGCAGUAGCUCAUCCGACGGACUCCGGGAUAAUGUCCCAUGUUUAAAAGUUAAAAAUUCUCCCCUCAAACAAUCUCCAGGCUAUCAGGUUGAACUGGUUAUUCAGCUAGUAUGGGUGAGUGGAGAACCUCCUCAGCAAAUAACAAGCCUUGCAAUCAACUCUGCCUAUGGUUUAGUAGUUUUUGGCAAUUGUAAUGGUAUCGCAUUGGUUGAUUACCUCCAAAAGACCACACUCUUAAAUCUUGGCACCGUUGAGUUAUAUGGUUCUAAUGAUCCAUACAGGAGAGAACCUCGAUCUCCACGUAAAAGUAGACAACCAUCCGGAGCUCAAAACAAGAAUAAGGAGGUGGGAGAGGAAGGAAUGGGCAUUUCACCUCAUUCUGCUGGUCUUUGUGAUAUUAAUGAAGGUACAACAGUACAAGAGGAUCGCUGCAAGUCACCCACAUCAGGUUCUGGUUCUCCCAUCAAUUCUGAUGAGGAUCAAACAUUGAAUAAUUUUAUAGAAAAGGUGAAAACCAAAAGCAGAAAGUUUUCCAAGAUGGUAGCCAGUGAUAUAGCAAAGAUGUCUAGAAAAUUAAGCUUACCAACUGAACUGAAACCUGAGUUAGAUGUUAAAGACAACUCAUUCAGCCGUUCCAGGAGUUCUAGCGUAACAAGCAUUGAUAAGGAAUCACGGGAAGCAAUUUCAGCUCUUCACUUCUGUGAGACUUUCACACGAAAAGCUGACACAGCACCUUCACCAUGCUUAUGGGUUGGGACGACUUUGGGCACAGUCUUGGUCAUUGCAUUGAAUUUACCCCCAGGAGGAGAGCAAAGGUUACUUCAGCCAGUAAUUGUGUCCCCCAGUGGAACCAUUUUGAGGCUUAAAGGAGCAAUCCUGAGAAUGGCUUUUCUGGACACUACAGGAUCUCUAGUUCCACCAGCAUAUGAAUCUUGGAGAGAACAAAAUGUACCUGAAGACAAGGAUGAAAAGGACAAGUUGAAAAAACGCCGGCCUGUCUCCGUGUCUCCAUCAUCCUCUCAGGAAAUAAGUGAAAACCAAUAUGCAGUGAUAUGUUCUGAAAAGCAGGCAAAAGUUAUUUCACUGCCCUCACAAAACUGUACUUAUAAGCAAAAUAUAACAGAGACUUCGUUCGUUCUUCGUGGAGAUAUAGUGGCACUGAGUAACAGUAUCUGCCUUGCUUGUUUCUGUGCCAAUGGACAUAUAAUGACUUUUAGUUUGCCAAGUUUAAGGCCACUGUUGGAUGUAUAUUACUUACCACUUACCAACAUGCGGAUAGCCAGAACAUUUUGUUUCACCAACAAUGGGCAAGCAUUGUACCUUGUCUCACCUACAGAAAUUCAGAGAAUCACCUACAGUCAAGAAACAUGUGAAAAUCUGCAGGAAAUGUUGGGUGAACUCUUCACACCAGUGGAAACACCAGAAGCACCAAACAGGGGAUUCUUCAAAGGUCUAUUUGGAGGUGGUGCACAAUCUCUGGACAGAGAGGAACUCUUUGGAGAAUCUGCAGCUGGGAAGGCAUCAAGAAGUCUAGCUCAGCAUAUUCCUGGUCCUGGUGGUAUAGAAGGAGUCAAAGGAGCAGCAUCUGGAAUAGUUUGUGAAUUGGCAAGAGCCAGAAUAGCAUUAGAUGAAAGAGGACAAAAGCUAGGAGAAUUAGAAGAACGAACAGCAGCUAUGUUAGCCAGUGCAGAUUCUUUCUCAAAGCAUGCGCAUGAGAUGAUGUUGAAAUGCAAAGAUAAGAAGUGGUACCAGUUCUGACAACACCUUUUCAAAUGCAUCUAUAUAACUUUACCUUGAAGAAAAAUCUCCUUUUCAUUAACUUCUGCAGGACCAGCGAACUGGAAGGUUGUCAGCCAAUGGUUACUGAUAUUUCCUAGCACAAAUUACACACUGUUUACCUCAGUCGUACAGCUUUACCUGAGGAUAGUUAUAUUUAAAGCUGACACCCACAUAGUGUGUGCGUGUGUGUGUCUUACCUGUGGGCUGACUGAGAGCUUGGGAACAGAACUGAUAAAGAGAACACAUGGACAGGAAAAAAGGAAAAGUAGGUAUCAGAUAAGCAGGGGCAAUGCAGGAUCUAUCCUGUGUUAAUAUUUCAUAUGCCAAAAGUUUUUGUGCUAUUGUUGUUGCUGCCAGUGUUUCAACCUCAUAUAGGAGGCUGCAAUAAAUCAGGGGUCCAAGAGCUAGAAUAAAGCUGUUCAACGUACAGGACUACUAGUAACUGAUCUACAUCUUCCCUCCUUAGAGCACGUCGUAAUAGCUAUUACUGGAAAUGACUUACUCUGCUGCCAACUCUGUGAUCUGAUAAACUGGAAGUAUGUUGGCUCCAUCCUGAGUCUAUACAUAGUUAACAUGCACAUAGUUUCUUCUUGGACCCCUGAUCUAAUAUUCUUGUAUUUGUAUUAUCAUACUGUUGCUGUAUUCAGGUUUCAUGAUAAGGCAUGGUUUAUCAUGAUGAGAAUGAGCCACAGUAAGUCUUGAGCUUGUGCUUUUUCCCUCUCCCACCUAUGGCAAUGAGGAGCUUAAAGGCAUUCACUGCAUUUUGGUUUGUCACUGGGAUUUCUUUGGUUCUGUUUUGGUUUGAUACUAAUUUCAGUUUGCUAUUUCGUCCAAAACCAACCACUAUGCUUAAUAAUAAUUAAUCUAACCCUGAUUUAUUUGAAACACAUCUACUUCAUAAUUCAUAAUUUAAAAGUGGCUUAUUUGAACAUACCAUAGUUAGAUUGAACUGGACAUAAUGCUGAAGUGCAGUUAACCACCAGUAAAUUUUGUCAUUGCUGCACAAAUAGCAAAGAGGAAGAGGGAGCAUAUGAACCCCAAACUGUACUGUAGCUUAUUCCUGCCAUAAUAAACCUUGUUUAUUCUGAUGACUGAAAGCAGCCAAUGUUAAAUGGAAAACAAAAGUAUACAUUACUUUUGCAUUGUAAAAAAUGUACAAGUGAUUGAACUGCACAUCAUGCUGGAAGUUUUCAUUUGUAUUAUGGCUGUUUAGUGUGAAAAGUAAAAAAAAAAGUCUGUUAUAAUGAGAAAAAACAUUUAUCAUAUUCCAACCACCUAUAUUUUUUUAUUUUCCUGAAAAUAUUGUUGAGUCAAUUUAUAAAAUAUUUUUAAAUGAUUAUAAGUUAAUUCAUGCUGUACAUAUUCUUUUGUGUGUUUAACAGAAUGUAUUUGUGCAAGCACUCAAAUAAGAACUAUCAGAUAUGUAGCCAGCUUAUGUACCCAAUUAAAAUUGAAUUCCCAGGUGGAAUGGUCUUGAGUUCAAGUGGUGUUGGACUCUGAGAUACAACUUGAUAGUAAUAGCAAUCAUUUGUUUUCAAUUGUGUUAAAUGACAGAAACUUCAGAAUGUUUCAAAUAUAUUUAGAAGUCAAAAACGUAUCAGGAAAAAGGUUGUCUCCAGAAUCUGGUGUACAUUUACUUGGAAGAAAGUUCUUUUGGUUUAAAUGGAUUUUUUUCCCAUGUAAGUGUCUUUCACUGCACAAAUUACAGAAUAAUACUUAAAUCAUAGUGGAUUUCCCCCCAGAGAUCAGUACUAAAAACAAAAUGUUGACUUUGAUGUUUGACUAAUUCAGCAACUCAGAGAUUCCUAGUAGAUUUAUGAGAGGAGGGAUUUAAGAUGUGCCAAACUGAAGCAGUAUAUUUUUAGCGAAUAAAGGCUGCAUCAAAGCCAUAAUGUAAGAAGAAUAAAAAAGGAUUUAUUUUUUAAAAAUUUAAAGGAUAGACAUCUUUGUCAUGUUAAAAGCUGGAAAAUGUGAUUAAUCUGUGAUCAUUUUCAGAGAGCCUUAACUAGUUUAGGCUUUAUAUUUAAGCAAGUGCCAGUGUGUGGCUAGAAAAAGUUUAAGGUUGAUUUUCCUGAACUUGAUUGUACUGUGUAUGUGUUGAAUGGAUUUCUUGACUUGUAUGUGAUAAACAUAGACUGCAGAACAA